UGAAACGUCAUCUUAAAGCCAUUCUUUUAGCCAUUGGUGAUGGUGCAAAUGACGUUCCAAUGAUUCAAGCAGCUCAUGUUGGUGUUGGAAUUAGUGGUCUUGAAGGAAUGCAAGCAGCUCGUAGUGCUGAUGUAGCAAUCAGUCAAUUUAGAUAUUUAAAAAAACUACUACUAGUUCAUGGUGCAUGGAGUUAUCAACGAUUAAGCAAAUUGAUUUUAUAUUCAUUCUAUAAAAAUAUAACAUUGUAUAUGACUCAAUUUUGGUUUAAUGUCAAAAAUUUCUGGGGAUGGGCGUUCAAUGCCUUUUUUCAUUCACUGAUUUUGUAUUGGGUAUCAAUAUACAUUUUUCAUAAUGACUUGAUUUUAACAAAUGGACAAGUGGCAGGUCAUUGGUUUUGGGGCACGGCACUGUAUACGGCAGUUUUAGCAACCGUUUUAGGGAAAGCUGCAUUAAUAACGGACUUAUGGACGAAAUACACAUAUAUUGCUAUUCCUGGAUCAUUUGUUUUUUGGAUGGUCUUUAUUUUUGUUUAUGGCAUGAUUGCACCAAGAUUUAGAGUCUCGGAAGAAUAUGAUGGCGUUAUUCCUAGAUUGUUCACAAGUCCCAUAUUUUAUUUAUUCGUCUUGUUGGUUCCAGUUAUAUGUUUAUUGCGAGACUACGUAUGGAAAUAUGUAAAACGCAUGUACCGUUCAAGAACAUAUCAUACUAUACAAGAAAUUCAAAAAUUCAAUAUACCAGAUUAUCGUCCACGUGCGGAACAAUUCCAAAAAGCGAUACGAAAAGUCCGUGCAGUACAACGCUUACGAAAAAGUCGUGGUUUUGCAUUUUCUCAAAACGAAUCCGGUCAAGAAGCACGUCUUAUCAGGGUAUACGAUACUACUAUUUCGAAACCAAAGGGUGCAUCAGUAAUCAUGCAUUCUGUUGUUGUUAGUAAACUUGCAACACCAGAGGCAUCAACAAGAGCAGUUCUUACAACUUUUAAUGGAUCCACAAUACCACUUGAAUUUGAAAAACCUCUUAUUCUUCUCUCUGAAAAGAAAAUUUCGGUAUUACAAGAUAUUCUUCCAAGUUUGGAAGCUGCUGCUCAACAACGUAGACCACUUCUUAUUAUUUCUGAAGAUGUUGAUGGUGAAGCUUUGGCUGCUUGCAUAUUGAAUAAACUUCGUGGAAAUCUUCAAGUUGUUGCUGUUAAAGCUCCUGGAUUUGGUGAUAAUCGUAAAUCUAUUUUAGGUGAUCUAGCUAUUUUGACCGGUGGUACUGUUUUCUCGGAUGAUUUGGAUAUAAAAUUGGAACGUGCUACACCAGAACAUUAUGGUUCUACAGGCUCUGUCACUAUUACUAAAGAAGAUACCAUUCUUCUUAAUGGUGAAGGUUCUAAAGAAAAUAUUAAUCAACGUUGUGAUCAAAUUCGUGCUGCUAUUAAUGAUCCUACUGUUUCUGAUUACGAAAAAGAAAAAUUACAAGAAAGACUUGCAAAAUUAUCGGGUGGGGUUGCUGUUAUUCGUGUAGGUGGUUCUUCUGAAGUUGAAGUCAAUGAAAAAAAAGAUCGUUUUGUUGAUGCUUUGAAUGCAACACGUGCAGCUGUUGAGGAAGGAAUUGUACCUGGUGGUGGUGUAGCCUUUUUGAAAUCUAUUAAAUGUUUAGAAUCCUUAAAACCCUCGAAUUUUGAUCAACAAUUAGGCGUAAAUAUUAUAAAAACUGCUCUUCAAAAGCCUGCAAAAACUAUUGUCGAUAAUGCUGGUGAAGAAGGUUCUGUGGUUGUGGGUAAAUUAAUAGACGAUCAUGGUGAUAAUUUCAAUUAUGGUUAUGAUUCUGCCACUA